AUGGCUACUUAUACCAGUACCAGUCAAAUUGACUGGUUAUUCUCCUUGGAAGCAUCCGAAUUGUUGCAAAAACUGAAAAGGAUACCAAUGGAAUGCUUUGAUAUCGAGAAUAGUGAAUUCUCUGAGUGUGAAGGAAGUGAACCAGGGGAAAGAGAAAUUGAAAUUUGUAGUGAUAAACGUAAUAGUAACAUUAGCGACAAAGAAAAUAAAUCCUCAGAAAGUAAGUCAGAGAACAUUUUGAAUGCACGCAAAAGAAGACGUGCUCGGGUGCUUUCAAGUUCUGAAAGUGAAAUAGAAAAUGUACAAGCUAGUCUAAAUGAAAUUGCCGUAAACGAAACCAAAUGGGAAAGAAUUCAAGAAGGGUCAGCUUCUGGGAGAUUACCCUUGCACAAUAUAUUCAAAGACAUAUCCGGCCCACAGGAUAUGCAAAAAAAGUAUCACGAAAGAUAA